AUGCCGUCCAGCGAGCCCGACUUCGCGUCCAUGACGGAGCGCCAACAGGUGGCGUAUCUCCUGAAGGUGCGCUCCGCCGAGAAGCCGGCGCGGCGCGGCGGCGACAAAGAAAACGACGAGAACGCGCCGCCGACGCCGUCGGACGUGCUGAAGCGAGGCGACGUGCUCCAGAAGCCCAAGGACAAGCGGGCCAAGGCCAAGGGUCACGACAAGAAGGCGCGCGCGCGGUCGCCCAUGCUGCGGCGGCCGCUCUUCCCCGCGGCGUCGCCCGUGGGCGCGCCGGACACGGAGGCGGCGGCGCCGGCGGCGCCGAAGCCGCUGUCGCGGGAGGCGCGGGCCCUGCGCGGCGACGAGCCGCGGCCGCCGCGCGCGCCGCGGCCGCCGCCCAUCAAGUUCGUCGCCAUCGAGUCCGUCGCCGCGGACGCGGCCGUCGACGCCGCGCGGGGCCGCCCCUCGUCGACGGCCGGCCCGCCGCCGUGCUCGUUCUGCCGGAGCGACGUGCCGUCGCUCGGCGACGUCGUCUGGAUCAACGCCUACCCGGACAACGACCCGACGAACCGCGCGCGCUGGUACGUGUCGCGCGUCGUCCGCGUGCUCCAGCGGCGGCCGAACGGCCGCGGCGGCCGGCUCCGCGUGCGCUACGACGUCGACGCGUCGUUCGACACGCUCGACUGGCCCGACUUCGCGAACGCGCGCGUCGAGGGCCCGCGGACCCUCGACGGCCCCCUCGCGGCCGUGCGCGACCGCGCGGGCCGCUGCGUGCUCUCGGGGCCCCACGUCGCCGCGUUCGCGCCGUCGGCGGCCGCCGAGGCCGCGGCGGCGGCGCCGGGCGUCGACGCGCUGAGCGUCCGGGGCGACGACCCGACGGACGCGCUGCGCCAGUACAAGGAGCUCGCCGACGGCCUCCUCGCGGGGCUCCGGGGCCGGAGCUGCCUCCACAAGCACGUCUUCGACAAGGCGAGCACGACGCUGGUCGCGCGCGACGGCGGCGGCCGCGUCGUCGGCGGCGCGACGCUGCGGCUCCUCGAGAGCGGGCGGAGCGUCGUCGCCGAGGUCACGACGGUCUGCGUCGCGCAGCGCGAGGGCGUCGCGCGGACGGGCGUCGGCUCCCGGCUCCUCGACGCCGUCGAGCGGCUCGCGCGCGUCGAGGCCGGAACCCGCGCGGCCUUCCUCUUCGCCGCGGCGGAGAACACGGACGCGGCGUCGGCCUUCUGGCGCAAGCGCGGCCUCGUCGCGGGGCCCGUGGCGGACCACGUCGCGCGGCACCUCGUCGAGGCGCGCGCGAUCCUCGAGUACUCGAACGUGCACCACGUGUGCCUGCGCCUCGACGACGGCGACGACCUGCCGAGCGACGGCGACAGCGACGGCGAGGACCUCGGCGCCCACGCGCUCGCGCUCGAGGACGACGCGCUCCUCGCGGACCUCGGCCGCCUCGACAUCGCCGGCGACAACGGCCAGUUCCUCGUCGACGUCUUCCUGCUGCCGCCGUGGUGGCUCCUCGGGCCGCCGCUCCGGCGAUGGCUCGCGCCGCCGCCGAAGCAAACCUUGCCUGACGCGACGGGGUUCCUGGCGUUGCGUGUCGUCUCCUGGCUGCGCUACGCGCCGCCCGUCGACGGCGUCGUGCGCUGGUGGCGCGGCGCGGAGGACGCGCGCCUGCUUCUCGCCGCGGAGCCGCCGGCGGUCGUGAAGCGCUGCCUCGACGACUACGUGAUCCCCUGGCUGCUGGGCCACGGCCUGGAACGCUGGGUGACGUUCGCGCGGCGCCUCCCGGACCUCGGCGACGUCGCCAACGAGUACCGCGUCUGGCGGCGGGCCGCGUAUUCCAUCCUCACGUCGCUCAAGCUCGUCUUACUGGCGCUCGCGGUGCGCCGCGCCCACCGCGAGCGCCUGCUCCUCUUCGACGCCCUGCGGUCGCGCGCGGCGCACCGCAUCUACAGCGCCCUGCGCCUCAACGCGGCGAAGCGGCGCCUCGAGCGGUCGCGCGCGGAACUCAAACGGUCGUCGUCGAGCCACAGCUUCGCGUCCUUCGAGUCGCUCGAGCCGAACGCCGUCUCCGACGACGACGACGACGAGCGGUCGCCGCGGCUCCCGCGGAACUCGCGGUCCGAGAUCCCGGCGGUGACGCCCGCGCGGGCCUGGAUCCGAUUCCGGGACCCGUCGCGGACGCUCCUCGCGGCCCUCGGCAGCCGGCGCCGGCCGUCGGUCUGCGAGGACAUCGACGGCCCGGGCGACCUCACGCCGCCCUCCCUCAUGAACUCGCGCAGCGACCACUGCUUCACCGCGUCCGGCGCCUUGGCCUCCGGCACGAACUUCGGCGACAGCCAGUACAGCGUCCUCGAGGUCGACCAGAAGGGCAAGGACGCCAUGGAGAAGAUCCCCAAGCCCAAGGGCCCGAUCAUCUGGGCGACGUCGAACAGCCCGGGCUUCGGCAACGUGCCGGGCCUGCCCUCCAACGCGGAGAACCCCGCGCUCAAGUAA